AUUAGGUGAAUGGAUUUUAUUAUUAUUAUUAUUUUUGUUGCGUUUUUCUCCACACCGUAAUGCUUGUUGCUUGCUCCAUCAAGAAAUGAAGGAAUGGAGCCUCCAUGGAAAGUCAGACUGUAUCCUCUGUUAGGCAUAUUCUUAUUAGUCUCUCUUCUCUACUUAAACUUCAGCAACAACCUCACUUUCUCGGUCCUCCUAUGGCAACCCAAGAUGGGUUUUGUCUCCACCAACUCCACCCAAUUCAUCAUAAUCAAUGGUGGUCCCGGUGAUCAGGAUCUAUCAACGCUUUAUAUUAAUGGAUGGAACUCUUACUGGUUGAUGCAAGAGAGUGUGUGGACCCCAUCAAGAUCCAAGGUUUCUAAGAUGCUCAAGAAAGGAGCUGAAUUGGGGUUGACUGUUUGCAGGACCUGGGCUUUCAGUGAUGGUAAUGGUUCCAGUGCUUUACAGGUCUCUCCUGGUGUUUUCAAUGAGAGGGUCUUUCAGGGAUUAGACUAUGUGAUUGUGGAGGCAAGGAAGCAUCACAUAAGGUUAAUCCUAAGUUUAGUGAAUAAUUUGAAUGCAUUUGGUGGAAAAGCUCAGUAUGUGAAGUGGGCGCAAGAAGCUGGUACUAAUGUUUCUUCAUCCGAUGAUUCAUUCUUUUCAAACCCAACAAUUAAAGAUUACUACAAGACCUAUAUCAAGGCAAUUAUGACAAGAAAGAACUCUAUAAGUGGAGUUAGUUAUUCUGACGAACCGGCAAUUUUUGCUUGGGAACUCAUGAAUGAGCCUCGUUGUGCAUCUAGUUCAUCAGCCCCUGUUCUUCAGGCUUGGAUAACUGAGAUGGCUGCAUUUAUCAAAAGCUUGGACAGAAGACAUCUAGUGACUGUUGGAAUAGAAGGGUUUUAUGGCCUGAACACAACUAACAAAUCAGAAGUGAAUCCUGGGGAAUGGGCAGCCUCACUUGGAUCAGACUUUAUACAGAAUUCAGCAAUCGACAACAUUGAUUUUGCCUCAGUUCAUGCUUACCCAGAUAGCUGGAUCCCACAUGCCGAUUCUGAAGCAAAAGCAAAUUAUCUUUCCCUUUGGGUGGAUUCUCAUAUAAGUGACGGGGAAUUCGUGCUAAGGAAACCUGUUCUUUUUACAGAAGUGGGUUCUACAAGGCAUGUAAAUAACAAGGGAUUAUAUGACUUAGAUGUUCUGUUGAAAAUUGUGUACAAUAAAAUUUAUGAUUCUGCAAAAAAGGGGCAAUCUGGUGCAGGAGCAUUAAUUUGGCAGUUACUAGUUGAAGGGGUGGAGGAAUAUAGUGACCGGUUUUCCUUUGUGCCAUGGAAUUAUCCUUCUACUUACAAAUUAAUUGAAGCACAAUCAUACAGGCUGCGAAAUCUUUUUGCCAAGGACAGAAAAGAGAGAGGUGUUCCAUAAAAGGCAAGAUCCUUGAGCAGGUAACUUGUAAAUGGUCAGAAAUCAAAGAUGCCAAAUAGUAAAAUUGUAUAUGGAAAAGAGUUUUAUAUGGUUCCUGGACAGAUGGUCAACACAACAUUUUCUUGAAAUUGAAAAGUAAAAGGAAAGAAGGGUAAAAUAUGGUAUGAUAAAUUCUUUAUAGAUUCAAGGUUCAGAAUAUUGUUUUAAGAUCUGGAGAUAUUGAAUGAUGAGUUAGUUAGUGUGCUUGUGAAACUGGUUGAGUUUUCACCGGAAAAAUAAUAUGUGAAUGCUGUAAAUUGCUAUAAGUCAUUCUGCAGUUUAUAGUUGUGUUUUGUAUAAGAUUAUAUGUAAUUUAUUAUACUUGUAUUAAUGUAGUUGGUCCAAUGAUUCUUUGCAUUUUGCUUCA